AUGGCUAAUAAGAAAAACACAAUAACAAUUCAUACUGGUGAGGACGAACACUUCUCCAUUAUUGGUCAUGACUGUAAACUUGUACAGCCACUAUGGAAAAUAAUAGUCAUUCUCACCACUGGAGGGAUAAAUGAUAUGUGUCUGAAGUAUUUUGUGGAGGCUGGUGCCAUGGCUGUGAGAAGAGUUUUAAAAAGGGACCUCAAGCGCAUUGCUAAAGCUUCUGGAGCAACUAUCCUGUCCACACUGGCCAAUCUGGAAGGCGAAGAGACUUUUGAGGCUACGAUGUUGGGACAAGCAGAGGAGGUAGUCCAGGAGAGAAUCUGUGAUGAUGAGCUGAUCUUAAUCCAAAAUACCAAGGCUAGUACAUCUGCAUCAAUUAUCUUACGAGGAGCAAAUGAUUUCAUGUGUGAUGAAAUGGAGCGAUCUUUACAUGAUGCUCUUUGUGUGGUGAAGAGAGUUUUGGAGUCAAAAUCUGUGGUCCCAGGUGGAGGUGCUGUAGAAGCUGCCCUGUCCAUCUAUCUUGAAAACUAUGCAACCAGUAUGGGAUCUCGGGAACAGCUUGCUAUUGCAGAGUUUGCAAGAUCGCUUCUUGUUAUUCCUAAUACACUGGCAGUGAAUGCUGCCCAAGACUCCACCGACCUGGUUGCCAAGCUAAGAGAUUUUCACAAUGAGGCUCAAGUUAACCCAGAACGUAAAAAUCUAAAGUGGAUUGGCCUUGAUUUGAUCAAUGGGAAACCUCGAGACAACAAGCAAGCGGGGGUUUUUGAACCAACCAUAGUUAAAGUGAAGAGCCUGAAGUUUGCAACAGAAGCUGCGAUCACCAUUCUUCGAAUAAUUGAUGAUCUGAUAAAAUUGCACCCAGAAAGCAAAGACGAUAAACAUGGAAGUUAUGAAAAUGCCGUUCACUCUGGAGCCCUUGAUGACUGAUUGAUUGGAUUUCCC